AUGUUGGUGCUCCGUCUUGCUGCCCUCGCCGCAGCGUCCGCUCAUUGUGCUUCCGCGAGCGUGAUCCUGCGCAGGGAUCUAACGGCGCCUAAAUCUCCAGCCGACGGCUGGGAGUACCUGGGUUGCUACAUCGAUAGCACCUCCAAGCGCGCUCUCAACGGCCCUGUCCACUAUGAUGAGACGGGCCUCACAGCUGAGACCUGCGUCGCCCACUGCGUCGGUCUAGGUUAUGCCUUCGCUGGCAUGGAGUACUCCAAGGAGUGCUUCUGCGGCAGCAAAAUGCCCACAACCAAGACCAAAGAGGCUGAUUGUAACAUGCCCUGCACAGGCGAUGACAAGCAGCCUUGCGGCGCCGGCGACAGGUUGACUGUCUUUGGCAAGGCUUCAGCUGGCGGAUCUUCUGUUCCUUCUGGAUCUCCCACUGAAACUGUUUCUGCUACUGCCUCUGCCUCUGCUUCCGGUACAGCUGCUCCUGUCGCCACUGAUCUGCCCGGAUCCUGGUCCUAUGCAGGAUGCUACAUUGACCCGCCGGGCCGUGCCAUGGAAGCCGCCCCCGGUGGACCUUCAAAGGACAUGACGCCGCAGAAGUGUAUCGCCACCUGCAUCAAGGCCGGCUUCAAGAUCGCUGGUCUUGAGUACGCUGAGGAGUGCUUCUGUGGCAAUGUCCUGAACAAUGCUGCCUCCAAGACCAAGGAAUCUGACUGCAACAUGCCCUGCGCCGGCGACAGCAGCCAGAUGUGCGGAGCUGGUAGCCGUCUGUCGCUCUACUCCGAUGGCGAGUUCGAGGUCAACCCCAUCCCUGUUCCCAAGAAGACAGGCCUCCCUGGUGACUGGGAGUACAAGGGCUGUGUCUUCGACAACAACAACCCCUACGUUCUCCAAUGGAUGUAUGAAGACGCAGGUAGCUAUGCCACCAGCAACAUGACCAUCGAGACCUGUCUCCUUCGCUGCCAGAAGUUCGGCUACUCCGCUGGUGGUGUUGAGUACGGUCGUCAAUGUGUCUGCGGCGAUCUCAAGGCCGUUGAGCGCAAGGGUGAUAUCUGGAAGGACGACAGCUUCUGUAGCAUGGCCUGCCCUGGUGACAAGGAAUCCACAUGCGGUGCUGGCAACCACAUUAACUACUACGAGUGGACCGGCACUUCCCUCAACACAUUCCAUUACGCUUCCGGUCCCAAGGCUGGAAGAUACGACCACUUUUCCACUUCUCCUAUCAUUCCCCUGAUCAGCUCCGUUGGCAUCAACGACAAGGUCGUUUUCGUCGAGAAGCACGGCACAUCUGAUGAUGACACUGAGGGUUCUUUCGAGUUCGACUACACUACCGACACGUACCGUGAACUCGCUCUCAAGACUGAUGUUUUCUGCUCUGCUUCUUUCACCCUUCCUGACAAGGCUGGACGUAUCAUCAACAUUGGUGGAUGGUCUGCUGAGUCUGUCUAUGGUAUUCGCUUCUUCACUCCUGAUUCUCCCCAAGGAGUUGACAAUGGCACCAACGUCUGGGAGGAGGAUUACUCACAGCUGAGACUGUUUGAUCCUCGCUGGUAUCCCACUGCCCUUGUCCUUUCCAACGGUUCUAUUCUUGCCAUGGGUGGCGAGUCCGGUUCUGACGCCCCUAUUGUUCCCUCCGCUGAAGUCCUUCCUCACCCUGCUGGUGUCACCAAGUCGACCUACCUCGACUACCUUGAGCGCGCUGAGAACAUUGGCCGAACCAACUCUUACCCUCACAUGGCUAUCUUGCCUUCCGGUAACAUUUUCUUUACUCAGUUCAAUGAGUCUCGUCUUCUUUCUCAGACCGACUUCCAGUCUAUCAAGAAACUUCCUGACAUGCCUGGUCAAAUCAACAACCCAUUGACUGGUCGCAACUAUCCUCUUCAGGGUACCAUGAUGGUCUUGCCCCACAAGGCUCCUUACUCUGACCCUGUUGAGGUUCUCAUCUGCGGCGGUACUACUCAUGAGCCUGGUAACGACGCUCUUGACAACUGUGUCCUGAUGGCACCUGAUGUCGAGGGAGCCGAGUGGACUAUCGAGCGUAUGCCUUCCAAGCGUGUCAUGCCCAACAUGGUCGCCCUUCCCGAUGGUCGCUACCUCAUCCUCGGGGGAGCCCAAGUCGGUCGCGGUGGUUUCGGUCUCGCUGACAACUCAAACUUGAACGCGGUCGUGUAUGAUCCCGAGGAGCCUCUCGGCCAGCGCAUGACCGUUCUUGCCAACACCACCAUUGCCCGCCUGUACCACUCCGAAGCUGUCCUCCUUAGCGACGGAAAGGUUCUAGUCUCUGGUUCCGACCCUCAGGACCAAGGCAAGCACCCUCAGGAGAAGCGCAUCGAGUACUUCUGGCCUGACUACCUCCUCUCCGGCGCUGAUCAGCCCGAGUUUACCAUUUCAGACAAGGACUGGACUUAUGGCGAGAGCUACACUUUCACUAUCACCUCCGACCUUGCUGAGGGUGCUUCUAAGCUUCGCGUCUCGCUUAUGGCUUCUGUUGGUGCUACUCACGGUGUGAGCAUGGGUCAACGUACCUUGUUCCCCGAGUUCUCAUGCUCUGGCAAGACCUGCACGGUUACUGCACCUCCCAAUGCUUUUGUCAGCCCUCCUUCUUGGUACCAGAUGUUUAUUCUUGACGGUCCUACUCCUUCGCACGCCAUUUGGGUCCGAAUUGGAGGCGACCCAGGCCGUCUUGGUGAAUGGCCUAAGCUUCCUGGUUUCACUCCUCCAGGAAUGUAA